GCGGGCCGGGCGAGCUGCCGCCUGCUCCCGGAGCGAGCGGAGCGCGGCCAUGCCCGGGCCCUAGCGCGCUGCCGCAGCCCGCGCCCGCCGCCACCUCUUCAAUGGGCAACCUGCUCGGCGGGGUCAGCUUCCGCGAGCCCACCACCGUGGAGGACUGCGACUCCACCUGGCAGACCGACUCGGAGCCCGAGCCCGAGCAGCCGGGGCCGGCAGGCGGUGGCGAGGGCCAGGAGCACGACGAGCCGGAGCAGCCCGAGCAGCCUCCCGAGAGAGCCGGAGGGCGGCCCCGCGCUAGCCCUGUGCCCGAGGACCACGCCGAGGCGGCGGGCGCGGAGCAGGGUGGCGAGUCCACGGAAGGAAGUGCUAAACCAAAGAGAAGCUUCUAUGCGGCGAGGGAUUUGUACAAGUACCGACAUCAGUACCCAAACUUCAAAGAUAUCCGAUAUCAAAAUGACUUGAGCAACCUUCGCUUUUAUAAGAAUAAAAUUCCAUUUAAGCCAGAUGGUGUUUACAUUGAAGAGGUUCUAAGUAAGUGGAAAGGGGACUACGAGAAACUGGAGCACAAUCACACGUACAUCCAAUGGCUUUUUCCCCUGAGAGAACAAGGCUUGAACUUUUACGCUAAGGAAUUAACCACAUACGAAAUUGAGGAAUUCAAAAAAACGAAGGAAGCAAUCAGAAGAUUCCUCUUGGCUUAUAAAAUGAUGCUAGAGUUUUUUGGAAUAAAGCUGAUUGAUAAAACUGGAAAUGUUGCUCGGGCUGGAAACUGGCAAGAAAGAUUUCAACAUCUGAAUGAGUCUCAGCACAACUACUUAAGAAUUACAAGAAUUCUUAAAAGCCUUGGUGAGCUUGGGUACGAGAGUUUUAAAUCUCCUCUGGUAAAAUUCAUUCUUCAUGAGGCUUUAGUGGAAAAUACUAUUCCCAAUAUCAAGCAGAGUGCUCUGGAGUACUUUGUUUAUACAAUUAGAGACAGAAGAGAGAGGAGAAAGCUCCUGAGAUUUGCCCAGAAACAUUACACACCAUCAGAGAAUUUCAUCUGGGGGCCACCUAAGAAAGAACAACCAGAGCGAAGCAAAGCCCAGAAAACACCUACUCUACCUGCUUCUGGCUCAAAUGGUCAAACUUCUACACACAAGAAAUCCAAGGACUCCAAAAGUUCCUCAGUAGCUAUUCACUUAAAUAGCAAAACAGUGGAAGAAAAAAGGGGGGCAUCUAGAGAGCCUGGGGAGGAGGCAGACAAGCCAAGCUCAGAGCCCAGCAGUGAAGAUACCAAGGCAAGAAACACAGAGAAAGACAGUGCUACUGACCAAUCUGAUUCUACACCCGAGGAAACAGUUCCUGAUACUGCAGGAAAAGAGGAAUGUCCAACUUCUUCUGAAAAAGGUGAAGAAGGGGAAAACCAGAGCAAAGACUCUGAAAAUCCUGAAAAUGCCAGCUGUCAUGCUGAGGUCAUGGUACAGCAAAAUGUCACAAACCCACACACCAGUUCUGGUUAAGGGAGUUAAAAAAAAAAACAAACCUGCUGUCUAAUUUUACCAUGAAGAACAGAGAUGAGGUCACGUUUAAAUGUUAGCCACCUGUGACUUUUGCUGUAAGCCCUUUGCUCUUGCUUUUAUUUUUGGAUCACAGUGAAUUGGACAUUUAAAAAGAAGUUUUAAGACCGGAUCCAAUAAAAGAAUAUACUUAGGAUGUGUUUUCAAAUUCUGUAUAUAACAGUCACUUUCAAAAUAGUUUCAGGUUAUCUAGACGCAGUUCUGUAGCAUUUGGUAUCCAACACAGUCUCUUCAGAGAUUCCUGCAGACAUCAAGACCCUCUGGUAAUGCGGCAGCACCUGGUUUUUAGAUUAGUGAAGGAUGAUGAGUUAGGCAUGCCCAAAUGUUUCCAGAAACUGGUCUGGAUGCUCUGAUUACAGCGCCUCGGAGCUCUCAGCUUUGGUGUCUGCCACGGCUGUCCUUCUCAUUGGUUUGCUGCCCUCCUCUUCUCCCCCUCUUCUUCCUGCUUGAGCAUCACCGUCUCUCUCAGCUUCCACAGAGUUUUCUAGUACACAUUAGGGUCCUCUCCUGUACCAAUGUCCAGGUGGAACAGAGGGGAUUUUUGCUAGUCUGAUUUCAGGAUUUUUUUAUGUUCAUAAAUAAUAAAAAAUAGUCUCAGUAUUAAGUGUAUAGAAAGGAUUUUAUUUGUGUGUGUAUGUGAAAAAAAAUAAGGAAUGAAAAUAGACUUUUGUUUUUUAGUGGCUGUUCUAUACAAAAUUGGUAGUUUAUCAUGGAUGCAAAUCACUGAGGAGUGUUAUAAAAACCACAAAAAAAUAGUCAUUUUGAAAAGAUGACUUUUCAUACUGUCAACAAGCAAAUUGUCCUUUGAGCCAUUAGUGUAGUGUAGUGAUGCCAUGAGGACUAUACUGAUGUCACCAGUCCACGGUCUGUGUGUAUAUAUGUAUGUAUGUGUGUAUGUAUGUAUGUUCAUCUUUCUUAUAUGUGCAUGUUCAUCUCAUCUUCAUGUAUGUUCAUCUUUAUGUAUUAUCUAUGUAUGUUCAUCUUCAUGUAUUGUGUGUGUGUUCAUCUUCAAAUAUUGUGUGUAUACGUUCGAUUUCAUGUAUUGUAUAUAUGUUCGCCUUCAAGUAUUAUGUGUCUAUAUUCAUCUUUCAUUUGUCAUUUGAAACUGAGAACAGUUUGAAAUUAUAUAUACCCACUUUGAGUAAAUAUUAGAUUUGCAUAGCAUUAGUUAAAAGUCUUGUUUUAUACAGUGUUAUUGCUAAUUAUUAGUACAAAUCAGAAGACAAUCAGAAACACUGUGAUAGGAACUUCAGAACAUUCAUACAAACAGACAAAGUGAGGGACAGAAAAUAUUUUUACUUUUUUUUUUAUUGAGUGAAGAAUUGACUUUUAACUAUCUCUCUUCAGCUUUUAAGAAAAGCUCCAUAUGUUUUCACCCACCCCACCCCCACACCCCAGGGAACUUUUCGUAUGUCCUCUUUUGUAGUACAUCGUAUCACUGUCUUCUUGGCUUUUUCAGCCCACAACUUUCAGUGGCGAUUCCUACAAAAUGCUCCCACCAAUUUUAGGCUUUUCGAAAUAAAGUUUUGUUGUUUUUAAAUUUGCACAGCCCAGCUAUUUAUCCCUGACGUUAUUUGUGCGUCUUAGUGGCACAAAUAUGAUACACAUUUAUUUGUUAAUCAUAUCCUUGUAAGUAAGACAAGAAACACUUCAUCGUUCUAGGUACGUAAUAUAUCAGCUUUAACUUGUACCAAUUUGUGAGGUGUUAAGAAUUUGAGGUAGCAAUCUCAGUUUAAAUUGAGUUCAAUGCAAGGAGUGCGUGGGCUCUCUUAAGUGAUGUUUGUAGCAACAGUCUAAAGAUCUUAGUAGACACUUACACAGGAUUCAGGGAUGGGAGAGGAUGGCCAACUUAGGCUGAAUUGUAGGGAUAUAAGCAAUUAAAUAAAAAUAUAUCUCGAUUUUGAACACACAAUGAAUCAUUCACACCUCUUUAAAGGUGUUUAGUAUAAAAAAAAACAUGGAGCCAGGGGACUGGGGAGAUGACUCAGUGGUCAAGAGCUUGUGUUGCUCUUCCAGAGGACCAGGGUUCAGUUCCCUGUACCUAUACUGGGUAGUUCACAACUGCCUCAACUACCAGGGGAUCUUGUUCUGGCUUCUGGGGGUGGUGGGACUUGCAUGCAUGUGGUGCACAUACAUACAUACACUCAAGCGCACACAUAACAUAUUUUUUAAAACUAGACAUGGGGUCAGAUGCUAAAAAUAUUUUUUAAAAAUCAAGCUACCAGAUACUAAAGUUAAUAUAAUCCAAAUCACUUAGAAGUUACAAUAUACCAGAACCCUUAGGAAUAAAAACACCUAACAAUUUAGAUUCUAGAGUAUUAUUCUUUAUUAAUGGUUUUGUUAGGUUAUGCUAUUUAAUUUGAGAAUAUUUAGUCUCUAGAGGAGAACUCCCUGGCUUCCGUCUAAAAUAGUGGCCUUUUUUCUCGUGGGGGUUGUUUAAACUGAGUAUUCAUAACGUGACAAUGUUUCCUACAUUUAAUCUGUAAAUAGCAGAGAAAAUAGCAAAGAACAAGUUAAAGGAAGUCAUUUCUUUCACUGAUUAAAAAUUGAGCAUCCCGAAUUUUUUCUAUUAAGAGCACUUUGUACAUUUAAUAGUUUUUUAACAUAAGAUCUAGAGAUGAUGUGUUUAUGUGUAUGGUAACUAUCAAACAGUGGUCCAAAUUUGACUUAGAUGUUUUGUGUUUUUCAAACCACCAUAUGCUUACAGUCAUUUACUGAGAAGCUGUUCCAGAAAAUGCUGUGCGGCAUGGCCGAGUAGCUCGAUGCAUCGCUGAACAUCCGCAGGUGUUCUCACGUGGUCUUUGUUGUACCAAGCGGCAAGGAUACAAAGUAUCAGCUGUUGAUAAAGUUACAUUUCACAACAAAUAGAUGCUAUAUUGCUUGAUUAGCUUGGUGCAUUUAUAAUAUUUUUUUGCUUUCAUAUUUCAGAGGAGAAAAUAUAUGUGAAGAUAUUUUGAAAUACCGUGAUAAAUAGUUCUAUAUUUCUGUAUGGUGGAGAUGUUUCUGACAUUAAGAUCAUUGUAUGGUUCUGAGUUUUCAAGCUCAUUCUCAUAGGAAAUUUUAAGUGAUCAUGAUGGACUUGAAAAAAAAAAAAACCUUACCUGCUUUCUCUAAAUCGAGGCUUGUUGUCAGUUCUAAAAUUAAAUUGUAUAGUUUUAUUUUGUCUUAGGUUUUUGAAAUUACAAUUUUUAGUUUUAAGGAACAAAGAUCUAUAACUCAGGAGUUACUAAGGAAGUUUUAAGAUUUGCUUUUUGGUGUUACAUAUAUAACUACAUGAAUGUGUAAUAAAAACCUGUCAUAACCAU